CUAUUGCGCAUUUAGUCAUCGUAAACUGUUCAGCAAGCAAGGAGCACAUUCACAACGUCGGGAAGUGUAAAGAUAGUGUCCGAGGAAGUAAGGUUACGUUGCGCGCUUAUCUUACUUUGAAAAGUGUUUGUGUGAACCAUAUAAACCUGGCUGGGCAGAGACACUGCCAAUUUAAUCGGUUAUCUCGCAUCAAUGCGGGAUGAAAUAAUAGCAGAUCCAAAUCGAUUGUAGCCGACGGCUUAACUUCGAGCGUCCGUACUCAGUUUCAGUGUAAACUAGUCGGUCGUCGAGUGUGUUGUCGGAAAGACACAGUAUUUUUGUGUGUAAUGAAACGAUAAUUCCACGAGACAACCAAUUUUCGUAUAUAAUUAACACCACCCACAACUUUCGAAUAAAUCUUGGAGAAUUUUCCCUUAAAAACAGUAUCUAGAGUAACAAAAAGUCAACGACACUUUAAACCCAAUGCAUCAUCUCUAUAACCUUUGAUGUUAUUUUCACUUUUCCUUUCUUUAUGUAUCAAAGUGAUUGAUAAAUGAUCACGACUGGAGAUCUAGAUAACACGUGACAUUUUCAUAGAAAGAGUAUAAUACCUAUGCUACUUUACAGUAAUUGGAAUUUACCAGGAUUUCAAUUUGGUUCUCUAAAUUCGUUAUUUUGAAAAAAUCGUGAAAAAAAAUUCGAAAGGCAAAAUACUUGGGGCGAAGUUUAAAAAGAAUUUAAAGAAAGAUCUCGGCGAAAAUUUGCCGAGGUCAGUGAGUAAUCUUUGUUGCAAAUCAAGACAGUAAAGAUGUCAUCUGCAUGUGUGGGGAACUGUACAAAUCCAGGAAUAUUGCACGACAAUUUCAUUGAGGAUUAUUGGGCAACAUGGAACGUUGCUAUGGAUUAUUUUGAGUAUCAACCCUGGUUUUUUUCCUUAAUAGGAAGUUUCAUGGUCGGUCUUUCAGGAAUUCUUCCCCUCUUAAUCAUCCCCAUUGAGGCGGGCACAAAUUUAAAAAAUGGAGCAGGCGCAUGUACGCUUAAAUUACUUUUAAGUUUUGCUGUUGGAGGUUUGCUGGGAGAUGUUUUUUUACAUCUUUUGCCAGAAGCGUGGGCCAGUAAAACUCUUACGCAAGCUCACAGUAACAACAGUCAACUACCAAUGACAUGUGGACUUUGGGUACUAUCUGGUUUUCUCGUCUUCAUUGUUGCCGAGAAAAUGUUUAUCGACGAGGGUGAAAAGAAUUCUGAAGAGGAGGAUGAACAAAAAACUGAAACUAAACUAACAACAUCAACAGACGAACAUCUAUUUAAAAAAGCCACACUCAAGGAAUUCGAGAACAACAAUUUCCUCAUGUCCUCUGAAAAUGACAUUCUAACAAAAUUAUGCGCUCGAAAUGGAAAACAAGAACCACCUACAGUCGUUGAAUUAAAAUUAAAUUUCAACAAAGUUCUCAACGGUUACAAGAAUUCGCCAAAGAACGGAGUUCUAGUAUAUCCGAAGGACGAGAUUGUUUCAAAUAUUGUAAAGAAAAAUGGAUUUAAAAAUUGCAGUGAUAUUUUGAAUAAUGGAUUUUACACUAAUGGCUAUGGACCCCUCAAUUCAAAGUGCUCAAAUGGAUUUGAUUCGGUGGCGAAAUACAAGAAGGAUGAUAUUCAAUUGGUGGAGAAAACGGAGAAGCCUAAACAUAUUUCUGGAUAUUUGAAUCUAAUGGCGAAUUGCAUUGAUAAUUUUACACAUGGCCUGGCAGUUGGUGGUUCAUUUUUGAUAUCUUUUCGAUUAGGUGCCCUAACGACAUUUGCAAUUCUUGUUCAUGAAAUACCGCAUGAAGUUGGAGAUUUUGCGAUUUUAUUGAGAAGUGGUUUCAGUAGGUGGGACGCGGCAAAAGCACAAUUACUCACCGCCAGUGGCGGAAUUUUCGGUGCUAUGGUUGCUGUUCUUUGCAGUGGGAAUGGUGUUGAGUCAAGAACAAGUUGGAUUCUUCCAUUCACAGCGGGAGGCUUUUUGCACAUUGGUCUAGUGUCAGUUUUGCCAGAGUUGCUCAAGGAAACAAAUCCCAAAGAAUCUUUAAAGCAGUUGGGCGCUCUGCUUGCUGGUAUAACAAUUAUGGCGUUUUUGACUAUAUUUUGCGACUAAAUGUAAAUAUUUUUUUUUUUUUUUUUUCAAUUGAAAUUUGUAAUUUUCUACUUAAAUAUAAAUUUGUUGGGCGACAAGUGAUAAUAGUACCCUGUGCUAGAAAACUUUUUUGUAGAAGAUUCUAUUUCGGAAUGAAAACAAUUUUUUUUUAAUUUCUAAACGUUAAGACAAACGUAGCGAAAAAAAUCAGGGUACUCUUAGGAAGCAAUUUAAUUGAAAUUAUGCGCAUUUGGCGAUAGAUUAUUAUAGUUUUAGAUUUAUUUUUACACGUCAAGAUAAAAAGUCUUGGGUAGGAACGAAAUUACCUGUUAUAAAUUUAUUAAACAAGGCCAGUAUUUGCUGCUUCUACAAUGAAAGCAACUCAAAAUGAAAAAAGAAUACAGUCCCAAAGAUAAUGUCAGCGGCUUCCACUUUUUAAGCUAUUUGUCAAAAUAAAAAAAUGAUUUGCAAGGAAAAGUCAGUUUUUGGCGCGCACAGGGAAGAUGAAUGUUAUUAAAAAUUAAUGUAUGUAUACGUAGAUUUUUCCAGUAUUAUACAUGCAUAUUUUUUUAAUUCUCCUAAAGCUGUAAAUAUUCUAUGAUAGUUGGUUCGCAAAUACAGCCUCGAUAAAUAAUUGUCCGAGGGCGAACAAAAUUGGAUCGAACUUAAUAUAUUUUUUUAAAAUAAUUCAAUAUAUACCGUACAUAUUAUAGAAGCUAGGAGCCUUUCACUGUUCUACGAUCUGUUUUAAAUCUGUUUAUAAAAAAUCACAUUGUUAUUGAAUAAUAUUAAAUACUAUAUUGAAGAGAAAAAUUUUUUGAUCAAAUAGUAAAGCGAUGUUAUUUCUUUUUUUAAAAAUCAGCAGUCUUUUCAAUUCAUAAAUAUUUUGACUUUUGUGAUUUAAUUUUGAUUUUGAAAUCGAGCCGAAAAAUUGACAAAAUUUAGUGCUCUAAUACCGUAUAACUAAAAUGACAGAUGUGGUUUAUGUUUAGAAAAAGAAGUCUUGUUAUUAAUCCAGUGAUUAAAACAUAAAGUUCCACAAUUUUGUUAAUUAUAUAAUAAUAGAAACAUUUUGUUUAUCAUAUUUUUUCUAAAAGUACGUUAUAAGAAAUUCUUUGAUAUUCAAAUUAAAUAUUAAACACUUACUGGUUUCGUAAUAUUUAGUAUAAAUAUAUUUUUCAUUAUUUGAUUAAUCAAGGAAUUUCAUAAUAUAGUUUAUUAUUACUAUCUUGUAUACUUAUAUAUAUAACCGGCGAUGACUGUAAAUAAACGUCAUUAUUCCACAUUA